GUUGAUUUGGCGUCACCUUGAGCUCUGAAGUCCGCAGCGUUCACUGUUUCACUGAGGAUCAUAUCAUCUGGACAGGGAUCAUGGCCUACCAGUUCAAACUGGCUGAAAAACUGGUCCUACUCAAUGACCGGGGUCAAGGAGUGCUGAUCAGGAUGAACCACAUUAAAAAGGUAUGCACAGACCCAAAGCGAAGGCCAUCAUACUUUACUGACAAAAGCAUGGAAUCUACCACAAAAUACAUCAACAGAAAAUUUCCCAACAUUGACAUCAGGGGUGGCAGUCAACAUCUGAGCAGCAUACAGAAGCAAAAGUCAGCCGUAUUGGAGGGCCUGCACAGUUAUUACGAGUCCUUCAUAGAUAUCAUGGAGUUCAGGGACCAUGUUUAUGAGUUGCUCAACACAAUAGAUGCCAGCCAGUGCUACUUUAAUAUAGCUGUAAAUUUUGACUUCACCAAGAACUACCUGGACCUUAUCGUCACCUACGCCUCAGUCAUUUACAUGUUGUCUCGCAUUGAUGACAAGAAGGCAAUUGUCGGAAUGUAUAACUGUGCAUAUGAGUUCUCAAAUGGAAACAGUGAUCCCUCGUUCCCUCGACUUGGUCAGAUGUUUAUAGAGUACGACCAUCCCUGGAAAAAGCUUUCAGAGGAGUUUGGUCCCCACACCAAGUCUGUGACAGAGGCUCUCCUCUCACUGCUCAUGGUGUAUCCGCGGAGGAAUCUUUCUGCUGACCAGUGGCGCAACGCUCAGCUCUUGUCUCUGCUGGCGUCCCCCGCUGCCAUGCUCAGCCCUGCAUGCUGUGACACAAUGGCUUGUGAGUAUCUGUCCAUGGAGGUGGUGGAGCGCUGGAUCCUCAUUGGCUUCCUGUUGUGCCAUAGCAGUCUAAAUACCAAUGCUAACUCUCAGAAUUUAUGGAAGAUGGCCCUCCGUAACGGCCUGUACAUCACAGUCAUCAGAGACGAGGUUCUCAACAUACACAAGCUCUCGGAGGACUUCUUUGACAGUCUCAAAGGAUACAGUAAGCGCAUUCCUGACAUCAAAGAAUGUAAAGAGUAUGUCAUCACUAACUGCGGGGCAUUGCGGAGAGAGAAGCGCAACUUCCUGAGAAAUGCCCUGAAGGAACUUACCAAAGUUUUGGAAGAUGAACCUGCACUGCUUGGACCCAAGGUUUUGUUUGUGUUCAUGGCACUGUCGUUCUCCCGUGAUGAAGUGCUCUGGCUUGUGCGUCAUGCUGAGAACAUCCCCAAAACCAAGACCCCAGAGGACUACGCAGACUCCCAGAUGGCAGAGCUCCUCUACUACAUGGAAAAGCUGCGCACUCUAUUGGCUCAACACAGAUAUGUUAUACAACGCUACCAUCUUCAGUACUUGUCACAGUAUGAUGCUCUAGCACUGAAUGACACCAUUCAGGGUAUGUACGUCUGUCCUGAGGAAGAAUCCGUUCUUAUGUCGUCAUUUGUCUCAACUCUGUCUGCAAUGAGUCUCAAGCACUUGGAUGCAGGAGAAGAGUUUGACCUGAAACCAUUCAGACUGGACUGGUUAAGACUGCAGGCUUAUACCAGUAUUGGUAAAGCUCCUCUGGCACUCAAGGAGUACCCGGAGCUUGCCAAGGUCAUGAACAUGGCACAGUUUCACACUAGGAUGAUGGACAAUGUGAAUGAACUGCUCUGUGAGACGGCUGAUCUCUCUAUCCUCUGUUUCCACCCACGUGUGUUUGAGAAGCUGUUCUCUCAGAGCAGUGAGGAUGUGUCCAUGCAGCGCUACCUCACAGCUUUCCCGGUCAUCUGUUCACACUUCAGCCAGUGUCUCCAUCCUCUCUGUCCAGAAGAGACUGAAGAUUUAGAAAAUCAAAGCUUGAAGCUGUGUGUGACCUUUCUGGAGGAGAUUUCCCGUCAGACGUGUACGGUUGUGCUGGAGAUAUGUGCUGAACAGUGUAACCUACAUGAGAAGUUAUUGCCCAAACACAGUGCUGAGACCAUCAGUACAGCACGCAAUAAAAAACUGAAGAAGUCGUUACCAAAGAAAGGAGACGUGCCUAAAGAGAAACCAGGGACAGAAAGCCUCAGGAAGGACAGAGUCAUUGUCACAAAUCUGGAUAAGAUGCACCAGGCACUGACAGAACUGUGCGCUUCCUACAGUAUCUGUGCCGAUUUCACCGUUUUCAAACACAUCAUUGUACCUGCUGAAUUCCUGCUCUCACAGCUGGAGAUCAGACUCAACAAAGUUAUUGUGCAGAUGGCCAAUUAUAACCAGAGCACUCACGAAAUCGCCCGACCUUCUGACCUGCUGGCUGGGAUUCAGGCAUAUGUUACAAGUCUGCAGAGCCUCAGCUGCUACAUCAACAUUGAUGUCACUCGACUGGUGAAGAGUGUCUUGUUGCAGCAGACGCAACCGCUGGACUCAUAUGGAGCACAGACCAUCACAACACUCUAUACAAAUUGGUUUCUGGAGGGUCUCUUGCGUCAGGCCAGCAGUGCUCUCAUAGUCCACUGUCCUACCACACAGUGCUUUGUAAACCAGAAUACUGAGAAUGAGCAGAGCUUUCAUGCUGAGGAAUACUCUGACAUUUGUGGCUUGCGAUCGUUGGCUGAACUGAUUGGCCCUUAUGGACUGAAGUUUUUAAAUGAGAACCUUAUGUGGCACAUCAUAUCCCAAGUUGGAGAACUGAAGAAACUCGUAAGUGACAACAUGGAUGUCCUGGUGCAAAUGAGAGCUAACUAUGAGAAUCCUGAAGCAAUGAGUGAACUUCAAAAGAAACUGACAGGCAGUGAGAAUGUUUUGAAGAGAAUGACAAUUGUUGGUGUGAUUCUGUCAUUUCGCUCCAUGAUCCAAGAUGCUCUCGAGGAGAUCAUGGACAGACACUGCCCGUUUCUAAUGAGACCCAUCAAAUGUUUAAAGGACUUCAUCUACCCUGACGGUGACAUCAAGGUGACACUCGGUGUGUAUGAAAUGGCUUCGGCAGCUGGCUUGCCAUGUGAGAUCGACCCUGCGCUGGUUUCAGCCAUAUCAAACAUGCAGACAGACAACUCAUCCAUUGAGGAGGAGUUCAAAAUCAGCUGCCUGCUGCUGGUUUUUAUAGCCGUGUCUUUGCCCACACUGUGUCUGGAUCCAAACUCAUUCUACAGCCGACAACAUGGAGGUCACCAAAACAACAUUCAUUGCUUGGCGACUGCAGUUAACCAUCUUGCUGCAGCUAUGUUCACUGUCCAGAGAAAAAAUAUCCAGACUCAGCUUCAAGAAUUCCUGAAGGUGGCAUCAUCUAUCUUACUGCAGUUAGGUCAGAAUGUGGACCGAGUGGAAAUAAAGAACAGAGAUUCAGUUUAUCUCCUUCUACACAUGAUAGUGGAGCAGUCACCGUUCUUGAGUCAAGACAUGCUGGAAAUGUGUUUUCCAUAUGUACUCCUAAGAAACGCUUACAGAGAGGUGCACAAGACCUUCAUCCACACUAUGGGCUAAGCUUAUGAGGAUGUGAAAUCAUGACUUUGUUUUUGUAUAUAUCAUAGUUAAAUUUUUUUAAAUGAUAUUCAGCUGAUUUAAUUUUUUAUUGUGGAUACCUGUCUUUAAAUAGAUUCCAGUGAACUCCGGUGAAACUGGUGGAAAAUAACAUUAUAUAGAAUGGUGUUAGGCAAUGUUCCCUCUAAGCUGCGCGCGCGCGCGGCCGCGCACUUCUUCCACCGCAGCCGAGCAGAGAAAUAAUGUGCCGCGCACACGCUAAAAUGAGUUGAGAAAGCCAUUUGAUUGUACUCUAGUUAAAACGAAAGAAUUGCAAUGCUCGGGUAAACCGCUAUAGAGCUGGUGCCGCUAUAGCGUUAGAACCGGUGAAUGCGGUGUACAGGUUUCAUAGAAAGAGAAUGGUGUGCGCCAAAUGAGUCUCUGUAGAAACCGAAUACUUCAAUGGUUGCGGAUGAAAUAGCUCAAAUCGAGAGGCAACGCAAACACCGUGACAUGUGAAAUAAAACGUCCUCAUGUAUUAAAGAAGAGUGGCUUGAUUAACGUUAAGUGCUGGAAAUAGCGGAUGAUUAACAGAACGGUAACAAAACUCUGAGACAUUUACAGUCACACACAGGUGUAUUGUGCAAACUGUACUUCAUAGCGAUGUUUAGAUAACUAUAUAAGAACUUACAGAUCUCAGUUUAAAUGCUUCAGUUUGUUUUCUAUUCUCUUUUGUCAGUUUAAAUGCUUCAGUUGUUUUGAUAUAUUAUAUUAUGUUCGGCCUAUAUUAUAUAAACCUAAUAAAUAAUUGACCUUGUUUUUUUAAUGGAGUCACUUAUGCUCAUCAAGGCUGUAUUUAUUUGAUCAAAAUACCUAAAAAUAAUAUUGUGAACUCUUAGGCUAUUGCAAUUUCUAAUAUUGGUUUUCUAUUUUAAUAUAUUUUAAAAUAUAGUGUAUUCCUGUAAAGCAAAGCUGCAUUUUCAGCAUCAUUACUCCACUCUUCAGUGUCACAUGAUUCUUCUGAAAUCAUUCUAAUAUUCUGAUUUAUAAUCAGUGUUGUGCUGCUUAAUAUUUUUUGGAACCUUUUUUCUUUGAUUCUUUGAUUAGGCUAAUAAAAAGUUCAAAAGAACAGCAUUAAUUAAAAAUAUAAAUAUUUUCUAACAAUAUAAGUCUGUAUUACUCUUUAUCCAAUUAACACAUCCUUGCUGAAUAAAAAUAUUAAUAAAAAAAUAAAUAUGAAAGAAAAAAUUGACUGACCCCAAACUUUUGAAUAGUAGUGUAUACUGUAACACAAAAUUUCUAUUUUGAAUCACUGUUCUUUUUAACUUUUUAUUUCUCAAAGAAUCCUGAAAAGUAUCACAGGUCCCAAAAAAUAUUAAGCAGCACAACUUUUUCCAACAUUUAUUAUAAAUUAGCAUAUUAGAAUGAUUUCUGAAGGAUCAUGUGACACUGAAAAUUCUGAAUAGUUUUCAAAUAGAAAACUUUUAUUUAAAAUUGCAAUAAUAUUUCACAAUAUUAUUUUGCGAAAUAAUAUUCAGUAUUUUUUAUCAAAUAGAUAGAGCCUUGAUGAGCCUAAGAAACUUCUUUAAAAAAAUUUACUGACCCCAAACUUUUGAAUGGCAGUGUAUUGUACUGUAAAAAUGUUUUCUCAGAUAACCUAAAAUGUGCAUCAUUUAGUUACAUCAAGGGUCAAAUCAAAUAUAAAUAGCACAUUAAAGUUAAAAGUUACACACUUUUUGUGUGUGUGCGCUGUACAGGUCUGUUAUAAAGAAUGUUUUUGCUCAGGUGGCUAAAAUGUCCGCCCAAUAGAGAAAAGUUUUGCUCAGCAAGAAAAAAAAUUAGAGGGAACAUUGGUGUUAGGAGAAUACAGCUGCAUAUAUUAAUCGUUUAACAUUUAACCUCAUUUUCAUGACAAUUAAUAACUGAAAGCUGUAUUUCCAAAUAGAUCAUUCUCACAUAUUUGUUUAAAUGCAUUUAAAUAAAAGCGUUUUCUAGAAAUGAUCAAAAAUGUGAUUUCAAAUAAAAAUGAAAAUGUCAUUAAAUAAAAUUUUAAAAAUCA